AUGGCCACUGGUAACUCACGUCAUAACACAAAGGAGGUGAUUGCUCAUGCAGGGGAUCCAAAGUAUGUUCAACUUGUGUAUGAUACAUGGACACCUCGACCUCAUUUCAUAGUCAUACAAUAUAAACCAAAACAAAAUGCCAGUCCUGCUGAACUUCAAGCAACUUAUGAACUUAUUGGUUGUUUUCUUCGUGAAAAUCCACAAUAUGAUAAUGAAGCCAUACUUUCUUUUCAUCGUGGAAAAUGGUAUCAACAGUAUACAGAUAAAUGGCAUGCACAUUUAUGUGUACCCAAGAUACCCUACUUGGAACAAGCCAGAAUACAGAUCAGGGAACCUUCAAAGAACAAAGAAUGGAGAAAUGCUCGAACAUUUGACGAAGCAAUGACUAAAUGGUACACAGCAAAAGAACAGGACGGCAUCAAAUACCGAGAUGAAUGUCUUAAGAAAAAAAUUUCAGAUCACACUUUAGUGGAAGAUGUUCGUCUAUCAAUACUUGACGCCAAUUCAAGAAAAUUUAAACUUGUUUGGACAUAUCCAGCACCACGUAUUGGCGUUAAGGCUUUAAAUCCUAGAACCACGACUCUGGCUUCUCUUUAUAACUUUAUGUCAGAGAUUCGUUCUAACGCUGAAAAAGAAUUAGGUCAACGCGAUCCAAAAUUCGCCAAUUUUGGCUGUCAUCUUUGUUUAUAUGUUUGUGGUCAAUCAGGCACAACUGUGACAUGUAGACAAGAUCAAGUUUUCACAGAAAAUGGCGGAUUGGAUACAGAUUCAGAUAUUAUUGGCUACAUUCAAAUGGACGAGUCACAAUAUGCUCAAUGGUUACCAAGCAAUUUAAGACAAAAAUGGCUCAACGAAUUUAGACGUGUCGAUCACUUUGUUCAAACAUAA